ACAUGGUUAGAGUUGUGUCCACUUACUGGUAGAAAACACCAAGUCAGGUCUGAUCUCUGUACUCAGUGAUAGUAAUCUGUCUAUUAUGGUACACAACUCUAUUAUGAUAGAGUUGUGUCCACUGUGCUAGGGGACACCAAUGGUUGGAGACUACAAGUAUGGUUGGCAAGUUCACAGGAAAUGGAAACCUCUUUCUUGGUCAAAUCCUCAGAAGAAUAAGAAACUUCCAAGGACAAAGGAGUCCCCAUUUGGCCUUAAUUCAGAGGGUGGAAGCAUUGCAGAGAAGCAGCCUCACCUGCAUCUUCAUUGUAGACAGAUGAUUUUGCCUAAUAUAUCCCAGGCUCUACAACAUUUGAAAUCAUCUUCAAAUUGUGAUCUUUCAGAAAUGGAGAGCCCCAAUCUGAUGGAGGGUAGCAAAGAUUGGGCUCUGUCCACUAGAUAGGAUGUUUGCAGUUUGCAAAAAGAUGAAAUUCUCCAUCAAUAAAUUGCAUGUGAUUGAUGGUGGAAAUGGAUCAACCAAAGAAGAUAAGGCAGUCAAGGCAAUUGCAAAGUUUGUUGGCGAAACUUUGAAG